AGCGCGGCGUGACGUCAGGAGCUGUCCUCAACGCCUGGUGCUGAAACAAAAUGGCUGUGCGUUGUAGUGAGGCGAGCUGAGCGGAGCCGAGCCGAGCCGAGCCGAGCCGAGGGAGCGAGUGUACCGGCUGGCACCACGUCACUGAAAAACAAUUACAAAUUAUAAUACAUUAAAAAACACACACACAGCAUCUCCAAAGAGAAGAACCAGCGCGGAGAGAGCCAGCCAUGUCCCUGCUCUGUGUCGGCGUAAAGAAAGCCAAGCUGGAUGGACCCCAAGAGAAAUUCAACACGUACGUGACUCUCAAGGUGCAGAAUGUGAAGAGCACGACCAUCGCUGUGCGAGGGAGCCAGCCGUGCUGGGAGCAGGACUUCAUGUUUGAGAUUAGUCGAUUGGACCUGGGUCUGACAGUGGAGGUGUGGAACAAGGGGCUGAUCUGGGACACCAUGGUGGGCACUGUGUGGAUCCCCCUUCACAGCAUCCGCCAGUCUAACGAGGAAGGGCCGGGGGAAUGGCUGACCCUUGACUCGCAGGUCAUCAUGACGGACAACGAGAUCUGCGGUACGAAGGACCCAACCUUCCACCGAGUGCUGCUGGACACGCGCUUCGAACUGCCCCUGGAUAUCCCAGAGGAGGAGGCACGCUAUUGGGCCAAGAAACUGGAGCAGCUGAAUGCCAUGAGAGACCAGGAUUAUGCAUACCAGGAGGAGCAGGAGGGGCCGCUGCCAGUGCCAGGGACUCAAUGCUGUAACUGGAGUCUAUGGGGAGAUCAGCAAAAUGAUGACCCAGACAGCGCAGUGGACGACCGGGACAGUGAUUACCGCAGCGAGACCAGUAACAGCAUCCCGCCUCCUUACUACACCACCUCCCAGCCCAACGCCUCUGUCCGCCAGUAUCCCAUGAGGCACCAGCAGCAGGGCUCGCGGGACUCCUACACUGACUCUCUGUACAGCUGUGAACUCGAUUACUCCGACCAGCAGAGGGGGAUGAGACGCUAUGAUAGUUUAGACUCUGCCACCAACGGCGGCAGCGACCUGGAGUCUGUCUCGGGGUCUAGCCAGCGGACCAGUCGCCAGUACUCGCUAGACAGUAGGCAGUCCCUGUCUGAUAGCCCCACAGGCAGUAGCCGCUAUGCCUCCUCCGCAGAGCUGAGCAGGGGCAGCUCCCAGCUCAGUGACGAUUAUGAGAACGGGAGCCUGCAGGGCUCUGGGCUGGGGGAGGACCUGGAGGGAGAGGACUCCUACCACUCCUGCCACAGCUCCGUCAGCUACGCCAAGGAGUCUCCGGACUGGGAUCCCGAGGAUGAGGAGGAGGGGCUGGGCGAGUACAGUGAUGACGGGGGGUACCCCAAAGAGGGGGGCGAGGGGAUGGUGGUGGGGGAGGAUGGUCUGUGCAAAGACAUGGAGGAGGAGGAUGCCAUAUAUGAGCCAGACGACCUGUAUGACGAAGAGGAGCUGUAUGAUGAUGAGGACCUGUACCCCACAGAGCAGACCCCAGAAGAGACCCUCUUCCCUCCUGCCGAGCCACCCACCACCACCAGCACCUUCGCUCGCCCCCCCCUGGAGAAACAGCCCUCCCUGCAGCAGCAGUCCCAGCCCCCCUCUCAGAUUCCCCCUCAGCCACCCUCUCAAACCCCCUCUCAGGCCCCUGCCCCUACCCCUACCCCUGCUGUCACUGCCCAGCUGUCCUUUGAAGCCCCUCCCCUCACGCAGGAGACCCCCGUCCCUUCCCCUUCCGCUGUCAUGGACACUGCCGAGCAGGAGACUGAGAGACUGCCAGACAGCUAUGGAGUGGGUGAUGACAGCCAGGCCUCCAUGUCCAGAGCCAAAGCUAACUGGCUGCGAGUCUUUAACAAGGUCCGCAUACAGCUGCAGGAGGCCCGUGGAGAGAGUGCUGGGGCGCAGUCACUGUGGUUUAAAGGAGGUGGAGCUGCCGCGGUGAAGUUCCUGUGCAGUAUUGACAGCAUGCCUGAUAUUAAGCCGCGCCGCAAAUCCCUCCCAUUUGUCAGCGACAUGGCUAUGUCUCUGGUCAAUUCUCGGAAGGCAGGAAUCGCUCCAGCGCUCGCCUCUAGCACGCUGAAUAACGAAGAGCUGAAAGCUCAUGUGUACAGGAAGACCCUGCAGGCACUCCUCUACCCUAUCUCCAGCACCACACCCCACAACUUCGAGGUGUGGACCGCCACCACGCCCACCUACUGCUACGAGUGUGAGGGGCUUCUGUGGGGCAUCGCCAGGCAGGGCAUGCGCUGCUCUGAGUGCGGGGUCAAGUGCCACGAUAAGUGCCAGGACCUGCUCAACGCAGACUGCCUGCAGAGAGCUGCUGAGAAGAGUUCGAAGCAUGGUGCAGAGGACCGGACCCAGAACAUCAUCAUGGUUCUGAAGGACCGCAUGAAGAUCCGCGAGCGCAAUAAGCCGGAGAUCUUCGAGCUGAUCCAGGAGGUGUUUGGGUUGUUGAAGGCGCCGCACACCCAGCAGAUGAAGCAGAUCAAGCAGAGCGUGCUCGACGGCACCUCCAAGUGGUCAGCCAAGAUCAGCAUCACAGUGGUGUGUGCCCAAGGGCUGCAGGCAAAAGACAAGACGGGCUCCAGCGACCCCUAUGUGACCGUGCAGGUGGGCAAGACCAAGAAGAGAACCAAGACCAUCUAUGGAAACCUCAACCCAGUGUGGGAGGAGAACUUCCACUUUGAGUGCCACAACUCGUCAGACCGGAUCAAGGUGCGAGUGUGGGAUGAAGACGAUGACAUCAAGUCCCGCGUGAAGCAGCGGUUCAAGCGCGAGUCCGACGACUUCCUGGGGCAGACGAUCAUCGAGGUGCGCACCCUGAGCGGGGAGAUGGACGUGUGGUACAACCUGGAUAAGCGCACAGACAAGUCUGCGGUAUCUGGAGCGAUCCGGCUGCACAUCAGCGUUGAGAUCAAGGGGGAGGAGAAGGUGGCUCCCUACCAUGUGCAGUACACCUGUCUACAUGAGAACCUGUUCCACUACGUGACGGAUCUUCAGAACGGCGGGGUGGUGAAGAUCCCCGAUGCAAAGGGGGACGAUGCCUGGAAGGUUUACUUCGAGGAGACACCGCAGGAGAUUGUGGACGAGUUCGCCAUGCGCUACGGAGUGGAGUCCAUUUACCAGGCAAUGACUCACUUUGCCUGCCUCUCCUCUAAGUACAUGUGCCCUGGCGUUCCCGCUGUGAUGAGUACGUUGCUCGCCAAUAUCAACGCCUACUACGCACACACCACCGCCUCCACCAACGUGUCUGCUUCCGACCGCUUCGCAGCCUCCAACUUCGGGAAAGAGCGGUUUGUCAAACUCCUGGACCAGCUGCACAACUCUCUGAGGAUCGACUUGUCCAUGUACCGGAAUAACUUCCCCGCCAGCAGCCCCGAGCGCCUCCAGGACCUGAAGUCCACAGUGGACCUGCUGACCAGCAUCACGUUCUUCAGGAUGAAGGUGCAGGAGCUGCAGAGCCCCCCCAGGGCCAGCCAGGUGGUGAAGGACUGUGUGAAGGCCUGCCUCAACUCUACCUACGAGUACAUCUUCAACAACUGCCACGAGCUGUACAGCCGCGAGUACCAGACCGACCCGGCGAAGAAAGGGGACGAGCAGCCCGAGGAGCAGGGCCCCAGCAUCAAGAACCUCGACUUCUGGUCCAAACUCAUCACCCUCAUCGUCUCCAUCAUCGAGGAGGACAAGAACUCCUACACACCCUGCCUCAACCAGUUCCCUCAGGAGCUCAAUGUUGGGAAGAUCAGCGCGGAGGUGAUGUGGAACCUGUUUGCUCAGGAUAUGAAGUACGCCAUGGAAGAGCACGAUAAGAACCGUCUGUGUAAGAGUGCGGACUACAUGAACCUGCACUUCAAGGUGAAGUGGCUCUACAACGAGUAUGUGAAGGAGCUGCCCUUCUUCAAGAGCAGAGUGCCCGAGUACCCAGCCUGGUUCGAGCCGUUCGUUAUCCAGUGGCUGGACGAAAAUGAGGAGGUGUCCCGAGACUUCCUGCAUGGAGCGCUGGAGAGAGACAAGAAGGAUGGGUUCCAACAAACCUCUGAGCACGCUCUCUUCUCCUGCUCAGUGGUGGAUGUGUUCUCCCAGUUAAACCAGAGCUUCGAGAUCAUCAAGAAGCUGGAGUGCCCAGACCCCCAGAUCGUGGGCCAUUACAUGAAGAGGUUUGCCAAGACCAUCAGUAACGUGCUGCUGUCCUACUCUGACAUCAUUUCCAAGGACUUUACCAACUACUGCUCCAAAGACAAAGUGCCCUGUAUCUUGAUCAACAACAUCCAGCAGCUCAGAGUCCAGCUGGAGAAGAUGUUCGAGGCCAUGGGCGGGAAAGACCUCAACGUGGAGGCCAGUGACAUUCUGAAGGAGCUGCAGAUCAAACUCAACAAUGUGCUGGACGACCUGAGCAGAGUGUUCGCCACCAGUUUCCAGCCCCACAUCGAGGAGUGUGUGAAGCAGAUGGGUGAUAUCCUGAGCCAGGUGAAGGGGACGGGCAACGUGCCGGCCAGCGCCUGCAGCAGUGUGGCUCAGGAUGCAGACAACGUGCUGCAGCCAAUCAUGGACUUCCUGGACAGAAAUCUGUCCCUGUUUGCUAAGAUCUGUGAGAAGACCGUUCUGAAGCGAGUUCUGAAGGAGCUCUGGAAGCUGGUGAUGAACACCAUGGAGAAAACCAUCGUGUUGCCACCCCUCACCGACCAGACAAUGAUUGGCAGGGUGAAGCUUGUGUGUCACACUGAUGGCACGCAGCUCAUAUUCAACGCAGCCAAGGAACUGGGACAGCUCUCCAAGCUCAAGGAUCACAUGGUGCGGGAGGAAGCCAAGUCCCUCUCCCCUAAGCAGUGCGCUGUGGUGGAGCUGGCACUCGACACCAUCAAGCAAUAUUUCCAUGCGGGAGGAGUUGGUUUGAAGAAGACGUUUCUUGAAAAGAGUCCUGCCCUGCAGUCUCUGCACUACGCACUGUCUCUCUACACACAGGCCACCGACACCCUCAUCAAAACCUUCGUCCAAUCACAGAAUGCACAGGUUCACGGAGGCAAGGGGGUUAGGUUCACCCUUAGCGAGGAUGUUUACCCAGAAAAGGGCUCCGGCGUGGACGAUCCUGUGGGAGAGGUGUCCAUUCACGUGGAGAUUUUCACCCACCCCAACACCGGGGAGCACAAGGUCACAGUGAAGGUUGUGGCUGCAAACGAUCUCAAGUGGCAGACCUCUGGGAUAUUCCGCCCCUUCGUUGAGGUGAACAUCAUCGGCCCGCACCUCAGUGACAGGAAGAGGAAGUUCGCCACCAAGUCCAAGAACAACAGCUGGGCUCCCAAAUACAACGAGACCUUCCCAUUCACCCUGAGCAGCGAGGUGGGCCCGGAGAGCUACGAGCUGCAGCUGUGUGUAAAGGAUUACUGCUUUGCACGCGAGGACCGUUCGGUGGGCAUGGCAGUGAUGCAGCUGAAGGACAUCGUGUCUCGGGGUAGCGUGGCCUGCUGGCUGCCCCUGGGCAAGAGGAUCCACAUGGACGAGACGGGGCUGACCGUGCUACGCAUUCUGUCACAGCGCAACAACGACGAGGUCGCCAAGGAGUUCGUCAAGCUCAAGUCAGACACUCGCUCCGUAGAAGAGGGUAGAUAGAGGGGCCGGCCGGGGGACCGGGACCAGGACCUGGGUGCACUCGAGGAGCCAAGACAGGACAAGCCCUGCUGAUAAAGAUCCACGGACAAGGCUUUGUCUUGCGCACCCUAGCCUCCUACCACCUGACAUGAAGGACACUUCUCCGCCACCUCGAAAGAGUUUCUCUCUCUGUCUGUUGGGCACACUGACUGGGGUUUGCAUUUUUUUUUUAUUAUGCAUGAGUAAGAAAAAAGGUUUUUUAAAUCAAACGGUGAGUCUGGAAGUGAACCGUGUUUGCAGCCGAGCAUCUACAUUACAAUGCAGUUAUCUGACGGGAGAGGGACGGGUAGCAGUGUUGAGCGCUUGAAUUCAGACAGUCUGACCCCCCCCCCAGGUCCAGACUAUAUUCGGAAACACUCCUGGUGCUUGGACUCUAGAUCAGCAGGACCAAGACCUGAUAUCCCCCAAUCCGCCCUGAUUGCUCACGUGCCUCUGUGACUGGCCCCGGGUUCAGAACAAGAACACCACAAAAUAAUCCACAAAAAAACAAACAAAAACAAAAAACUUUUUCUAUUUAAUUUUAUUCAGAAACUUUCUAAAAAAUAUAAAACAAAACCCCUACUGAAUAAAGACACCUGUUAAGCACUCCUUUGAUGUUCUGAAACAAUAAGUUUGCUGCAUGCAACAACAGACCCCAUCAUCCAAUCUCGGAUACAGGACUGCUGACCAGCUGGUUUCCUGGGAGGGGGAAAGCUCCCACCCAGUUAUGCAAAUCCAGAUGAUCAUGCCAGUUCUUGCCCCUGAAGGAAGGCCAGGCAGAAGAGGAGAGGGUGGGGCAGGAACAGGAGCCUACAGCUGUUGAGUACGGACUCUCAAACUACAACUCCCAUGAGCCUUUUCUCCAGCAAAGGACCUUUUACAUUUCCUGUUCCUGUUGGAACCCACUCAACCCUGGAAUGAGGAAUGGAGCAUGCUGGACAAGUUUGAAUUCAAUAGCCAUUGAGAAUCUUCUCUCUUUUAAUAAGAUAUUUUGUUUCAAAGAUACUUUAAAUAAUAAUAGGCAAUUCUAAUUACCAAUGGAUUUAUUUAUUUAUUUUUUAAAAAGCAAAAAAAAGUCUGCACUUUGAUUUUUUUAAAGUUUAUUAACCGGUGCAUGUGUCUUGUGUUGGUCAGUGUGAUCGAGCGUCUGUGUGUCCAGGAGUCCUCUGUUUUGAUAGCCACACCGUUUCUGUUCCUCUGUGUCGACAGUAAGAGUCUGCAUGACAAACUGAAGCCUCCCAGCACUGUGAUUAACUACACGGCCCCCUUGUUGGACUCCAAGACUGACAGAACUGAUAUACCUCCUGUGUAGAGAUCUGUUUACCAAGGAGAUUUCACCACGAGAACGCCUGCUUCACUUCAGAACUGCCAAAGUGUCUUUUACUAAAUCCCACGGAUGGUAAAACUGUGUGGUUUUUUAUUUUAUUUUUAAAAAUAUCUAGGUAUUAUUUGAUUUAUUUAUUUUUUUAACCAAACACAUUCCACUGGAAGCAAGCACCAACGAUGUGCCCUGCUCAAUGGCUGCGUGUGGGGCUGGAUCACAGGGCUAUGCAGAUCUGACAUGGGGAGCGCAUGGUUUUGCCUGUAAUAAUGUGAGUCCCCUCCCCUGAUUCAGCACAUUCAUAAUCACCUUGUCCAGCCCCCACGCCCAUUAUAUCUGACAAGAGGAGCUGUGAACCCGCACCCUAGUACUGCAGGCAAGGGGAAGCACAACCAGCGCCACCUAGCCAGCUCUGAAUGGUACUGCAGAGAGCAGCACCAGUCUAAGACAGAAUGUGAUAAAACUGGAGGUGUCUGAAUCUGCCAACACUCACACAGCCAGCAGCUACAGCAAGGAGGGACUCCACAGCUCAAACCGCAGUGCUGGAAAAGGAUUGACAUGUGGUAUAAACUGUAUGUUAAAAACACACGUGAGAAACUGUUAUUUUCAGGUUGAUGUUUUUUCAUUGUUCUUAAGUUUUGCAAAUGUUUACAAUUGAUAUGGGUGAUUUUAGCGAUGGAAAUCAAGGGGAGUAUUUAGAAGCAGGAGCGCAGUCUGCAACGCAAGCGUGACGCGUAGCUGGUGAAACUGGGAGAAUAAAGGGAGAUAUAAUACUAACGGGAGGGGGAAACAGCACAACAAAACUGUAUUAAAUACUCAUUUUCAUGCUCCUUGGUUUUUGAUAAAAAUGUCGGAAACCUGCGAUGAAGGUAAAUCUACCACAGAGAAGCCCCAUAGAUUACUUAACAAGGUGACCUGAACUCUAAUGGAAUUGGGAUGGGACAGGGGCCACAGAUCACAAGCCACCCCCCAAACAGGACCCUAAACCCAACCACCCCCACAGCUAUUUCAUACAGUGAAUUCAAUACUGUGCCAAUUGUGUAUUCAAAUACAUGGCAAGAAUAAUGUAUGUUCUAUUUAAAGGUUAAGUCAGAGAAGUGAACAGUACAGGCUUGAAGUAGUUCUGGCAUCAGCUUUUACAAUCCAUCCGUUACUUUAGCUUAAAAACAGGGGAAAAAAAGCUUCUAAGUGCAAUGCAAAUUAAUCAGUUCAUAUCCUUCAGGACCUGCUUCAGCAUGCAGUUCCAAGGAACUAUGCAUUGUACAUGGGAAGAACUGAAGCAGACAUAAAACACGUUCAUGCUACCCGGACCACACAGAAUGAAAUGAACGCAAAGCAACGCAGGCAAAUGUCUGCCUGGAUAAAACGUGUUACCAAAGUGUAGAGUCCCUCUCCCAGGCCCAGCAGAGCUGUGUGUGUGAGUGAGUCAGUCUCACACACUCUGUAAGUAGAAGUGCAUGCUGUGAAACCCGGACCUACCUGCCAGCACGUGGCUCCUCUUCGCUGGAACUGCCAACUGUCGUCUCUUUAGUUUAUUUACUUUUUUAAAUGAAAUAAAAUAUUUAAAAAAAACAACAAUGUGUAGUGGUCAGUGGUAAUAGCAUGAAAGAGGACUUUUAUACUAAAAUAUAUUUGUAAUCCUUUUUUUAAACGGGGUGGGGGAGAGCUCAGCCUUGCACUGUCUUCUGCUUCCCAUUAAAAAGGCCUCUAACCUG